CUACUUCUCUCAAAAGAUAAUAAGAAGACGUACAAGUGGCAUCAUUUGGGGAAUUUAUUUUAUUUUAUUUCGGGUACCCUCCAAUCUGAAAGGGUUGGAGCUCAUCAUUAAAAAUGCAUUGGCAAAAAUACCAGUGAAGACAUGCACAAAGCUGGUCAGCAAAUAUAGGAAGUAUUUUGUUUGUUUGUGAACGAGCCUGUUUCUAAGGGCCGAUUGGGGCCUGUGUCAUUUCCAAUGUUUCCAAACAAUCGGGCUCGACUUUUGAGCAUGUAUAGGCAUUUUACCAUUGAACCAUAGAUCAUGGAUCAUGACUGAAAUACCAUUACAUUACAUUUUGAUUUUGAAAGAUGAAUUAAUAUUGAUGGGUCAAUGUUAUUUUUAAGUCUUACUAUUAAUAAUAAUGAUAUUAAAAUGUGUGUUCCAACUUCCGAAAGCUUUUUUGUUAAACUUUUAUCAUUUUAAUUUUAUUUUAAUGUUGAUUUGCAGGAUAAACCUUAAAGCAUAAAUAAUCUUUUAACGUUACAUGAACAAGUGACAUUAUUUUAACCACAUUUAAACGUUGAAGGUCGGUUUUGUGCCUGCUAAAGACGUUAUAUUAUAUACUGUUAAACAUUGUGUUGACAAAAUGUAUGGAGUUCUGUUAUCUGUCCAAAGCUUCAACACAACCAGUUCAACAGGUAUUUGUUGGGGCGGGCUCAGCCAGCAUCCCUCUCUCUUAUAUUAUGUUCCCUCACCAUGCCACCCCUCUGCUCUGGACCAGGCCCUCUCCUUCUUUGCCUCCGUUGACACUACCACCAAUCAAGACAAUUCCACACACCUGUGCCUACCCUUCUGCUUCCUGUUUAUAAUCACCCACAUCCACAUGGCCUUCCCUGGGUCAUUGAUGUUUCAAGCCACUGUGACAGUGUCAUGUCUUCCAGAGAGGACUGAUGACUUCUUUCUGCCUGUCAGACGUCAUGGAAAGAGCUAAAUAUUCUACGAAUACAAAGUAUAUCCUACUCUUCAUCAUUGUCUGCCUCGUGAUUUCCCUUGCACUUGAGAGGAUCCCCGACACGUACAGGAAGUUCAUGCCACCAUAUAAAUCCAUGCUCAUGUGCUCCUCCCAAAUCUCUGACCAGACCAUCACCCCUCUAGACAACACAAAGCAUUUUAUGGUGUCGGCCUUCAUGGACCAGCGAGUGAAAGGCUUUGACAUCCGCAUCAUUAGCAUCUUUAGGAGAGACUCCAUCCAGCCUCUGCACUGUCUGUUCUGCUGUGUAGACCAUUUGUCAGAUACAACUCCAGCCACUGUUUUAGUGCACUCAGACCACUUUGACUUUCCCUACGGCGCCACAGAUGUCAUGUGUCAGAUUCCUCACAACUGCAACGCUACACAUGUUACACUUAUGCCACACACCAUGAGGUCGAUGAACCCGAUGUGGCUUCCAUUAAGAAACAAGAAGACUCAUGAGAAGUAUACAAGUUUUGAGUUUAACUUCACCGUCUGCAUCUCUGCCUUGUUUGGAGGCUACAACAAUGUGCUUCAGUUUGCACAGACCCUUGAAAUUUACAGGCUGCUGGGUGUGGGCAGAGUGGUGGUCUACAACAACAGCGGCGGCCCAGAACUCAGCCGCCUGCUGCACAGCUACAGCCAGGAGGGUUUGGUGGAGCUGGUUCAGUGGCCCAUCCACAAUUAUCUGAAUCCGUCUCAUGGUUGGCGUUUGUCAGUACACGGAGGGGAUCUACAAUACUACGGUCAGCUGGUUGCCCUCAACGAGUGCAUCUACAGGUCCAUGGAGCGCUCACGCUACGUCCUGCUGAACGACAUCGAUGAGAUCAUCAUGCCGUACCAGCACGACAACCUGACGAGCCUGAUGGACACGCUCCAACCACAGCAUCCCAAUACGGGGGUGUUCAUCAUUCAGGCUCUAGUCUAUCCCAAGAAAACCACAAAGGAAAGUAACAAAGGCUAUGUGGACGCAUGGAGGCAGGUCCCAGGCUUUAACAUUCUGCAGCGCAUCUACUGGGAAGACCGAAAUGAUAAACAAUACCAUCGCCACAAAAUGUUAGUUCAGCCAAGAUUUGUGGAGCAGACGUCUGUUCAUUAUGUGCUCAAAUUGUUUGGCGAAAAGUACAAGAUUCCAGAGCAGCUGUGUCAUAUAAUGCAUAGCGUAACAAAACACCUCACUGAACGGCCACUGGAGGAGCUGCACCUGGACAAACGACUGUGGGACUUUAAGGACAGAGUGAUACCACGAGUGACUGAGAUGCUGAGGAGAGCAGGUCUGCCGAGUUCAGAGGAGGAAGCUGAUGAAUGACACAGGCAGCAACCACACCCCUUACAGCAGAGCAUAAAAAGCAGCAGCUUCUGAAUAAAGCUACAAAAGUG